UUCCAAAGUGCUGGAGUACAGAGCCAAAAGAACAACAAAAUUGUAUCUGGGCAAUAUAACUUUUUUUUAUAUCUUUAGAAAGAAAUCACAUAAUACCAUAUCUGACAGCAAAAUUAUUUGUAUCUGAUAUUUGAUUGUUAUUCAUCCAAAUACAUUAGUCUAAUUUUUGCAAUAUUGUUUUUAAAUACUUUUAUUUUCAUAAAUAAAUAUUGCUUAAUUUUACCAUGCUGUUUCAUCAGGUAUUUCUCUAUUCACUAAGUCAGACAUAAUCACUUUACCAUGUAACCUCAUAACUACCCGGUAAACAGACUGUAAACUGAGUCAUCCUGAUUUUACACAGUCAUCUCCUUAAGUCUCCACCCCUUCCCCUUUGUCUGACAGCAUAAAGAGGGAAGGAACCAGUGUACCUGCAUCACCAAAGUGGGACAACGUGACAACAGAACCUUCCUCCUUUUAGCAGUCAUACUGUAGUAGAACGACAGUAAAUGCUUGGUUUCUUCUGCACCCUUCUGCUUCUGUAGGUGUACUGAUAGCACCCUACCUUCUACUAAACCUGCCAACCAACCUUCAGUUCCCAUCACCUCUCCUUCCACCUGCAGAGAGAGAGAGAAAAAAGAGAAAAAGAAAUCACCUUAAGAAAGGGAGAGAAGGCAGUUAUCAUGGAUACGAGGAAGCACCUGUGUUCCCUGGCCCGUAUGUUGCUGCCUGCCCUGGGCUUUGUCCUCAUCUGUGUGGGGGCCUACCUGAUGUCCCGCCACAAUGCCUACAACAGCUCCCUGCGUUACAUCCUGGACUACUUCCUCAUUGCCUGUGGCUUAUGGUGCCUCCUCACCGGGGUCUUCUGGACCAUCUGCCAUGGCAUGAAGAGGAAGAGGCAGCACCAGAGGAGCAGGCGCCACCACACCGCUGCACACAUCCAUGUCUACACCGUCGACAGACCCAGCUUCCACCUUCCUUCAUAUGAAGAGUCUCAGCAGAACCACACCUCUGCCUUCUCUGCUACUGCAGCUGCAGCUUACUCUGUGCUGGGGCUCUCUGAAGACGGCCUGAGGUUCAACCUGGCCCCCCCUCUGUACACCCAGGACAUCUCGGAGGCCCCAGACCACACCUUCAACCAUGAAGAACCACCUGCUUACUCUGAGAUGGCCAUGCAGCCGCACAGGGAGCCACAGGAGCUUCCACAGCAACCAGAACAUUCCCGCUUGGACAGAGUUCCAUGUCCUGAGCUGAACGGUCGAUAGGUGGUGGACUCUGGAAGGUGAUGAUAUCACCUUUGUGUACUGUUUAAAACGAGUGUCUCCCUGCCUGACCUCUGACCUUUCAGGAGAUGUAAACAACAUGGCCCUUUCAGCUCAGAGAGAGGUAUGGCAGCAAAGCCUGCUGCUCCUGGCAUCAUGGUUGUCUGGAGAACGGAGACAGGUGGGAGUGAUAGCUAGGAAUGAGACUGUCUUGAGCUUUUGCUGAGACCUGAAAUACUAUGUGACUGAAACAUCUUUGCUGUUACACAUGUGGCUGAACGGUAGUAACCUAUAGCAACAGGUAGUUCAGUGAGCUACAGGUUGAUCAAGACUAAUGUCUAUAGAAUGCUAGUGAAGGAUGACAGUCUAGGUAUGGAUGUCUCUAUAAAUCUGAUGCACUUUAAAAAACACAGACCAGCUUGUUUUUGCUCGUUGUUGGAUGUGACUCUGAGUGCAGUAUUGGUACACUAUAUAUACAAAAGUAUGUGGACACACCUUCAAGUUACUGGAUUUGACUAUUUCAGCCACACUCAUUUCUGACAGGUGGAUAAAAUCAAGCACACAGCCAUAGGAUGUCACCUUUCCAACAAGUCAGCUGGUCAAAUUUCUGCCCUGCUAGAGCUUCCCCAGUUAAAUGUAAGUGCUGUUAUUGUGAAGUGGAAACGUCUAGGAGCAACAAUGGCUGAGCUGCAAAAUGGUAGGCCACACAAGUUCACAGAAUGGGACCACCAAGUGCUGAAAUGCAUAGCUACCAAGUUCCAAACUGCCUCUGGAAGCAACAUCAGCACAAGAACUACUCAUCGGGGGCUUCAUGAAAUAGCUUUCCAUGGCCGAGCAGCCGCACACAAGCCUAAGAUCACCAUGCGCAAUGCCAAGCGUCGGCUGGAGUGGUGUAAAGCUCACCGCCUUUGGACGUUAUUUGGAGUGAUGAAUCCCGCUUAACCGUCUGGUAGUCCAACGGACGAAUCUGGGUUUGUGGAUGCCAGGAGAACGCUACCUGCCCUAAAGCACAGUGCCAACUGUAAAGUUUGGUGGAGGAGGAAUAAUGUUCUGGGGCUGUUUUUCAUGGUUCUGGCUAAGCCCCUAGUUCCAGUAAAGAGAAAUCUUAACGCUACAGCAUACAAUGACAUUCUAGACGAUUCUGUGCUUCCAACUUUGUGGGAACAGUUUGGGUAAGGCCCUUUCCUGUUUCAGCAUGACAAUGCCCCCGUGCACAAAGCGAGGAACAUACAGAAAUGUUUUGUCGAGAUCAGUGUGGCGGAACUUGACUGGCCUCCACAGAGCCCUAACCUUAACCCCACUGAACACCUUUGGGAUGAAUUGGAACGCCGACUGCGAGCCAGGCCUAAUCGCCCAACAUCAGUGCCCAACCUCACUAAUGCUUGUGUCUGAAUAGAAGCAAGUCCCCGCAGAAAUGUUCCAACAUCUAGUGGAAAGCCUUCCCAGAAGAGUGGAGGCUGUUACAGCAGCAACGGGGGAACCAACUCCAUACUAAUGCCCAUAAUUUUGGAAUGAGAUGUUCGACAAGCAGGUGUCCACAUACUUUUGGUCAUGUAGUGUAUCUGUUUACCAAGAGCACUGUACAGUACGUUAACAUCACAACGUUGUACAUGGAGUUGUAUUGUACUCGUAUAUUGUCUGUGUUCUGCAGCCACUGAGAGCUUUUAUAAGCAAAGAAUGUUUAUCAAAAAUAAAAUAGAUUUUAUCAUAAAAUCUGUGAUUCUCAGUGAAUCUGUUACAUCUGCCCAGCUGAAACCUUCUCCACAUUCAUGUACUUUUCACAACAAUCAAACUCAUCAAUAAAAGAGGGGCUGAAGAUUUAAGUCUCAGAUUACGUAACUUGAUAAACAUACACACACACCCAGCCUCUAGCUGGCUCAUUCAAACCCUCUGCUCUCCACUGCAACACACGCAGCCUCUAGCUGGCUCAUUCAAACCCUCUGCUCUCCACUGCAACACACCCAGCCUCUAGCUGGCUCAUUCAAACCCUCUGCUCUCCACUGCAACACACCCAGCCUCUAGUCGGCUCAUUCAAACCCUCUGCUCUCCACUGCAACACACCCAGCCUCUAGCUGGCUCAUUCAAACCCUCUGCUCUCCACUGCAACACACCCAGCCUCUAGCUGGCUCAUUCAAACCCUCUGCUCUCCACUGCAACACACCCAGCCUCUAGUCGGCUCAUUCAAACCCUCUGCUCUCCACUGCAACACACCCAGCCUCUAGUCGGCUCAUUCAAACCCUCUGCUCUCCACUGCAACACACCCAGCCUCUAGUCGGCUCAUUCAAACCCUCUGCCCUCCACUGCAACACACCCAGCCUCUAGUCGGCUCAUUCAAACCCUCUGCCCUCCACUGCAACACACCCAGCCUCUAGUCGGCUCAUUCAAACCCUCUGCUCUCCACUGCAACUCAUCCCAACGUUGUUGUUGUUGUAAUGAGACUCCUUCAGUCAACCUCAGUCCACUUGGUAACAUAAAGGUUGUUGAACACUGUUGUGAACACAUACACACACCUGAGGUUAAGGUAGGUCUUAUUCCUGAGCUCAAAGCGUAAGGGCUGCUGUUUACUGGCCACCAGUGUCUUUUAAACCUGCUAUGUUAGGUACCUGGCCACAGACAGGUCAAGUGUCCAGAGUUCAUGAAAGGGAAUCAGCCUUUUACAAUCUUAUGUCUGUCUGUAUCCGAAAGGAAACAAUGCCAUGUACUCACAUUUAACGACUGCAAUAAAAGCCAUUAUGCAAUCAAAGUCUA